UGGCACGUAAAGACUUCUCCCUCUCUCUAGAUCACGUAUGCUCAUAAAACGGACCGACUUGUUGUCUUGUUCUCACACAUCAAAUAUUUCAAGACGAAUACACACUAUUUAAUAGUAUACUUAGCCAAAAAUCAAAAAUGUUAUCUUGGUGGUGGUGGAUUUUCAUAGCAUUGAUUGUGUUGUCAGUUGCAACCUCGAUCAUACGCAAUCGUACGCAAGCGUACAAUCGAGAUAUAAAAUUGCAACAGCAAUCAACUGACCCAAAAAUGGGCGGUCAAGGAACUUUCGAUGCAUCACCUGUCUAUCAAACUAACACUUCGCAAAUGCAAUACCAAGCUUCUGAAGGACAGAUACCUCCGAUUCGCUCAGCCCAACCGACACCAAGUAAUAUACCCAACGCCGCACUACCUCCCAACGCAAUCUAUACACCAUACCACGGCACAUCCGUAAUACCAGCGACAGAACACUUUACUGUAACCACUACAAACACAUAUCCCCCAACAGUUCAGAAUAUUGCACCUCCUCCAUCGUAUGUGGCCGCCAUUGCUGCGGAGCAUCCUAAGCAGAAAGUCUCUUACACAUCGCAACAAACGCACCCUACCAACCAUUUACAGGGUAGUAGCAGUGGUAGCGCACAUUCACCAAUUGAUUAUGGUGGCAGUCCACGUCACAUGUCUGAAAGUACGUGUUGAUAUAAUAUUUGCAAGAUCAGUCACCGACAUUCCGAGGAAAGAAAGGAAUCUAUUCAAAGAAUCCGAAUCAUUUCUGGGAAUAUGCAGUCUUUGGGGGCAAAUAUCAAUCUUUGCAACCAGGUUUAUGAAUUAUAUCGCGGACAUUUCCAUAUACUGGCAUCAAAUAAUACCAGUAGUUCCACCAAUCGGCCAUCUGAAAGUUGGUUAUACCUAUUCAAACUGGAAUAAUUUUUUUGAUAAUUCAUUACUUUCAUCAAGAAUGUCCAUGUCAGGCUUCCUACUUACUGUAAUCACUAUACUCAUAGCUGUCCAGUCCUAAGUUUGUCAUAUAUGAUUGUUCGCUAUUCAUAUAUAUGUGACCUGAUAUCUGAAUAAAUACUUUGUUUUGUGGUUAACGCCGC